AUGGAACAGGCAAAAAAGCCUUUGGGCUACUCAUGGCGUUCCUCUAAGGUGUUCAUCAUCGCCGCCAUCUCAGUCGCCUUGUUUUCCGACAUCGUAGGUGCCUUCCUAUACAGCUUUGUCGUUCCAAUUCUCAGCUACAUGCUCGAAGAGCGUAUGCAUAUAGAUCCAUCCAAAACCCAGCGUCUCACUUCCGCAAUCCUUGCUACCCAUGGCUUCGUCUCAGUCAUCUCCGGACCCGUCGUGGGUCAUUUUGCAGACAAGACUCCCAGUAGAAAAAUACCACUUUUGCUAUCGCUCUCCGGAGGACUCGUGGGGACUGCUCUAGUUGCAUGCUCACUUUCUCUCUGGGUUCUUUUUUUGGGGCGCAUUUUACAGGGCGUUGCGGGGUCGGCCAUUGGGAUCAUCGGCCUGGCGACAGUCGCAGAUAGGGUCGGCGAGGCACACAUGGGAAAGGUCAUGGGGCUAAUUAGCUCAAUUUUAAUUAGCGGCUCAAUCUUAGGCCCCGUAAUUUCAGGGCUACUCUUAUAUGCGGUAGGAUAUUGGCUCACAUGGACAGUGCCAAUGGUUGUGCUAUUCAUAGACAUGGUUGUGCGUUUACUCAUGGUCGACCCGACGAAAGUUCCAUCGAAACCUCGAUCAGCCUCUGCUUCUAAUGACGAACAGCAAGAGGACAGCCCCCUCCUUCCAGAAGCCGUACCAUCAUACCAGACUGCCUCGGUAGAAAGCCAAGGCCCCAAUCAGAAGGACCUCUCGACCCCCUCCGCAUUUUAUCGUCAAAUGAUCACCAAUGGCCGUGUUUUGACGGCACUUUUCGUCACUGGUGCAUCAGGUAUGGUCUUGGUAAGCUUUGACACCACACUGCCCCUUCAUUUACGGGAUGCAUUUGGCUGGGGACCCUCGAAAACCGGUCUCAUGUUUUUCUGUCUCGAGAUACCAUCAGUUGUUAUUGGGCCUUUAUCCGGCUGGCUGCGUGACAAAAUUGGCGUUCGUUAUCCUGUCGCAAUCAGCUUGUUUGUCCUAGCGCCAUUGAUGUGGCUGCUGGGUGUUCCUGGAGACCCAAAAUUUCCUUGGGCUAGUGCAGAUACUAGAGGUCCGGCUAUCUAUAUCACGGCUAUAUUUGGCAUCGGAGCAGUUGCUCCUUUCCUAGCUGGCAUUGGAAACAUGGAAUUGGCUGGUGAGUACUUGCUCGAUCAAAUUCCAUCUAGUUUGAAUGUCUAG